AUGCCUGCUGUUAGAAGAAGCCUACAGCCACCUGAUCCUAAUAAGCCUUAUCUGACGAAAGGCCACGAUAUGACCUGUAAAAUCAAGCAAGCUAUUAAGAAAGAUGAUCACGGCGAGCUUCGUGAUAUAGCGAUGGAAAUCGGAAUAGACUGGGGAAAAGAGGAUAAUGCCGGCCGCGUUAGAUCGGCAAUCUUUGGUUGCGAGAUCCUCGGCGGCUUGCAUAAUAAGUGGCUCGAGGCCAUCUGGUGGCAGGCCAAGAAGGUACUGGAGAAGACUGAGCCUCGAUGA